AUGGCUCCUAAGAAAAUUCAUAGUGAAAGUGCAAAGCAUCAUGCUAUAAUGCUGAAGGAUAAUCUGGCUGUAAUAAAACGUCAUAAAAACGGUGGAAAAGUGGUAGCAAUUGCACGAUCUUUUGGGAUGAAUCGGACAGCUGUAUCGACGAUUGUACAUAAUAAGGACAAGAUUUUAGCACAUACCAAACCUGAAGCCCCAGAGAUGAAGAACACUGUCAGCGAUAAGAAAAAAGGCAAAAUCUUUGAAGAAAUUAAAAACCUUCUUUCUCCUUGGAUUGUUAGGUUGAAUCGUCAGCAGUCUGCUAUUACUCAAGAAAUCAUCGAAGAGAAAGCGUUGUCUUUGUUUGAGGACCUGAAGAAAAAAAUAUCCAGAUGA